AUGAGAAGAGAUGCUUCAGAAAUCACAAUCUUGUCUCCCAAAGAAGCAGAAAUAUUACGAGAGAAAGUAAGAAUUGAGUGUGAAAACAAUCGGACCUUAGAAUUGAAAUCUCAAAUCUAUUCACAAACAGAAUACUGUCUCACAGAAUUUGACUCAGUUUCAUGUUGGCCAACAACGAAAGGCAGAGCCACUGCUAGAAUUCCUUGCCCAUCACAUGUACCAGGUGCUAAGAUUACUGGUACUGUCUAUCGCUUGUGUAAUACAACAGUUAAAACUGAAGAUUCAGAUGGGCAGUAUAAAAUAAUAUGGGAAUUCGGUCGCCCUAACUACAGUGAAUGUGUACAUAAAACAGACAUUGCAGCGAUUCAUUUACCUAUCAUACAAACAUCAGUAUUUUAUGGUUAUGCAAUAUCCAUGGUUUUACUACUCGUAGCUACAGGAAUAAUUUUACGAUUUCGACGGCUUAGAUGUACACGGAAUAAUUUACACUUGAACUUGUUCAGUGCAAUAUUACUGCGUUGUGUAUUACAUUUUAUAAAGCAUGCAGCAGAUGGUCAAGAUAUUGUCUGCAAAAUAUUUACCACACUUCAUGUUUUUACUGUGCAAGCGACAUAUACCUGGGUCCUUAUGGAAGCCCUUUAUCUACAUAAUAGUGUUCUAGUUCAUGUGAUGCAUGAAAGUAGAACAUCGUUUGCUGUCUACGCUUCUAUUGGAUGGACUCUUCCAACUUUAGUAGUUAUCACAUGGAUAUUGCUAAGAUUAUAUGUUACAACAGGCGAUCAGUGUUGGGAUUUGGACAGUGAUCCAGGCAGCCCUAGCAGAAUACUUUUAAUCGUAUAUCCAAAUGUUAUCAUGUUGUUCAAUUUGGCAUUUUUUGUCAAUUUGUUGCGAGUAAUAUUCAACAAGACUCAAUCUCAACCGAUGAGUGAGGCAAAACGCUUAAGAACAUUACUCAAAUCGACGUCUGUAUUGGUCCUGGUUUUCGGCUUGUAUCAAUUAUUUUUAUUACCAUUAAAUUUCAUGCGUAUUAAUCCGGAAUCCAAUGGAUCUAGCUUACUAGAAAUUAUUAAACUAUACUAUGAGCAAAUAAUGGAAGCCUUUCAGGGUUCAUUUGUUGCGAUCGUCCUUUGCUUUAUAAACAAAGAGGUCAUAAGUGAAUUCAAACGUCUGUAUCGACGCAAACAGUAUUUGCACAGUAAUACAGAAAAUCGACGUCAGAGUGCAUGGAUGAAUAACACUCACGAAACGGGUAAUGAACUUGGAGAACAGCAUAAUGAAUACAAACCAAUAGUGAAAGUAUCCAGAGAACUAUCAAUAAUUCCAAAAAGAAAAAGUAGUUCAUUCACCAGUCGUUUUGUUAAACUGAUAGGUUGUCGAUCCAAAGAUAAAUUUCAACGACCAUCUGGUCCACGACGACCUUCACCACUUUGUCGGAGUGAAUAA